AUGGUUAACUUCAAGUCUAUCCUCGCGUUCGCCGCAGUCGCGGUUUCUGUCGUUUCGGCAGCUAAGGGACCUUUAAUCACUAAUAAGGUAUUCUUCGACAUUGAGCACGGUGGCAAGCCGCUGGGUACGAUCGUUAUGGGAUUAUACGGGAAGACUGUCCCCAAGACCGUGGAGAACUUCCGUGCUCUCGCUACUGGCGAGAAAGAAUUUGGUUAUGAGGGAUCAGUCUUUCACAGAGUUAUUCCCCAGUUUAUGAUUCAGGGUGGUGAUUUCACAAGGGGUGAUGGAACGGGCGGGAAGUCGAUUUACGGCGACAAAUUCCCGGAUGAGAACUUUAAGCUAAAGCACACCCGCCCGGGACUUUUGAGUAUGGCAAAUGCUGGCAAGGACACCAACGGAUCGCAGUUUUUCAUCACUACCGUUGUUACUUCUUGGCUCGAUGGACGUCACGUCGUCUUUGGAGAAGUCCUCGAGGGAAUGGAUGUCGUCACCGAGAUUGAGAACGUCAAGAAGGGAGGCAAUGACCGCCCGCUCGAGCCGGUCAAGAUCGUUAAGAGUGGCGAAUUGGAGAUGCCUGAAGAAGAAAAGAAAGCGAUGGCCACGGAAGAGGCCAAGGCGACCCCGUUGAAGAGCGCGGAUGAGCACGCCAGCAUUGCUGGUGGUAUGUUUGAUCGUGUCAAGGACUCUGACGUUAACUGGGGUAUGGCCCAGCUCCUUGCUGGAGGUUUGGUUAUCAGCCUUGGUGUAGCUUGGUAUGUGCGCCGCCGUCGCUCGACCGAGGUGACUGAGAAGUAUGCCGAGUAA